CCUAAAUUCUUUAUAUUCUUCUGCCACAUCUAUUCUGUUUAUCUGAAUCUAUAUCUUCACAUUAUAAUGUCGUGAAUAAAAAGUAUUAAAAAAUUAUUUUGCUGUAGAAUAAUAAAAUGAGUUCCAACAACAAACCGGACUCCAUUGUCGUCAAUGGAAUUGGUGGUCUGGAGAAGAGAACAUACAACAGUUUGGGUAAAAACACCGCUCCAGAAGAGUUGAAAAUUCUUUGCUUCACAUUAACCUACUACAACAAGACAACACAGUUUAUGUGCUGUUGUACUGGAGUUUUUAUACUUUAUCUUCUCUAUGGAUAUAUGCAGGAACUGAUCUUCACUUUGGAAGGUUUCAAGCCCUUCGGCUGGUUCCUAACACUGAUUCAGUUUUUCUACUAUAUCCUCUUCGGUUUGUUUGAAAGGAAAAUCGAAAAUAAAAACCAAAAACGAUGUAUCCCCAUGAGAACGUACAUUAUUUUGGCCGCCCUCACAUUGGGCACAAUGGGUCUAUCGAAUUCUAGUCUGGGUUACUUGAACUAUCCCACUCAGGUGAUUUUCAAGUGCUGCAAACUCAUUCCUGUCCUUAUUGGAAGUAUUUUAAUACAAGGCAAGAAAUAUGGUCCGCUUGAUUUUCUUGCUGCUAUCGCUAUGUGCCUUGGAUUGGCACUUUUUACUCUGGCCGAUUCUCAGGUAUCACCAAAUUUUAAUACCUUCGGCGUGGCAAUGAUUUCUAUGGCAUUGCUUUGUGAUGCUGCCAUUGGCAAUGUUCAAGAGAAGGCUAUGCGUGAACACAAAGCUCCCAGCAGUGAAGUUGUCCUCUAUUCGUAUGGGCUGGGAUUCUGUUAUCUGUUCAUCAUAAUGAUCCUAAGCGGGAACUUUACGCCGGGACUGCAAUUUUGUUUAGAGUUUCCCACAGAAACAUUCGGCUAUGCUUUUUUGUUCAGCUUAUCUGGUUACUUGGGGAUUCAAUUUGUCUUGGCUUUGGUGAGAUCGACUGGUGCUCCAAUUGCAGCAACUGUAACGACUGCAAGGAAAGCUGUUACCAUCGCUAUUUCUUUUGUGUUCUUUAGCAAACCAUUUACAAUGCAAUAUUUAUGGUCAGGACUUAUUGUGGUGUUUGGAAUCUAUAUUAAUGUGUACAGCAAAAACCACAAGCUGACAUUCCGAGACUUGCAUCUGAAGUGCAAGAAUCUACUUCACGUGCUCAGUAGGACGUCCCAUAGAAGAUUCCUCAUGGAAGUUUAAUACAAAACAAUUAUUUUAAGUAAACUACAAUACCAAACAGUUUUAGAGUUUAAAUAUAAUUUAGAACGAAAUUCUUCA